UGCGCACUAGGCAGCAAGCGAGAAUCGGAAGUUCUUCUCAGCUUAAAAAGCGGCUCGUCCGGCGUCAAGAGGACACAAAUCAGCCAAAAUGAUAAGUAAAGUGAUCGGCCAGAAGUAUGUGGCCAUUGUCAAGUCAUGGGUCCCAACCAUGGCUGUCUGGGGCACAGUCGGAGGUGUAGCUCUGGUCCACUUCACAGACUGGCGAUUGGUUUUGGAUUACGUUCCCUACAUCAGCGGCAAAUUCAAGAAGGACGAAUAAUGGCAGUCAGGGCGGUGUUGGAUUAUUUUUGAACAAACACUGAAAUAAUAAACCAGAACUACUGCAGCCGGUACUUUGCACUGUGGUCCAACUGCAUGCCAGGCCGCCGGAGCCCGUCAUCUUCAUCCUGCAGCUCAGUCGACAUUAUUGAACUGUUCACCAUCAACAUCCUCUGAAGUGCACUGCGGUUUGGCAUUUCAUAUGUCCUCAACCAGUGACAACGUGAAGGGAAGGAAUGUGAGAACAAAGGAUGGACUUUUGUUUUCAUUUCCUGCUUAGUUUGAGGUCAGGUAUUUAUUUUAAUCAUCAGUCUCCUGUGUGCUGUGAAUCAAACUUGAUUCACAAGUGGAUAAAUCUGUCCUUAAUGUCAUCCUGUAAUUGUUUUGAAGAGAAGUAAAGUAUGAGAUUUAUCCUA